UUCGUUCCCACGUUGUCCUGAAUCACGCAUUAAGACAAAAUCGCUAGAAGCUGUAUUUAAUAAUUGUUCAAAUUGCUGUGAUAUAAUUUUAAAAAGUGGAUUUAGGCAAGGCACGAAACCAAGGAAGAGAUUAUUUGUCGUAUACAGUACUGAAUAUAAAAAUUAUUGAGUCCUCGAACUCAAUAUGAAGAGAGAAAACUCACGAUAUCUGAUUAACCGCAUCUGCGCACCGCAUAAACGCAAAAUUCAUCCGACGAAGCUCUUAAUCGGUAUUGCUCCUGCUCAAAAUACAAAAAAGAUAUAUAAACAGUGCGCAUAUUACAAAGAUAAUAUGUUCGGAUCCGCUCAGGUGUGCAGUGCGUUAGUGUCUUGCCGAGGACCAUCGAAAUUUCGUGCGUAGAGUGUUUUUCUAGCAAAAAUACACAUUUUCAUGCACCAUGAGCUGUUUGGUCAGGAACCGAAAGCGGAAUAGCGGUAGCACGCUGGACGAAUUCGACAAGGUCAGCACUCUGGCAAAUGCUGAUGGAACGGAGUGUGUGUCACCGGACCCGGAUCGGAAUCGGGAAAGAGUUAGGGAGCCGGAUAUUAAUGAACCCGAGCCGGAGUUUGGCCAUCUAAGUGAGACGCGACGCAAGAUUCAUGAUGCCAUUGCAGCAAUGAACGAUGAUAGCUUCGACAAGCGCAUGGCCAGGUUGCUCAUGCAAUACGAGUGUGCCAUUCGGGAAGAGUUCGAGCGGGCUCAGUAUUUGCCCGAGAAGUGCCGAAAACUUUCGAGAAUCUUAAUCGGUCUCACAAAUGUCAUCCACACCAUGGUCCAGGGACGGACUCUUCAGCAGGACGAAGGUUAUAGACAACGCAUGUGCAACAUCGUCGGCUUUUACAUAUCUUGCGAACUCUGUUCCGCCCAAGAGCCGGUGGAGAGCGAGGAGAUCAUCAUCAAUCGGAUCAACAGCUGCCUGAAGCUCUACGUGGAGUACGGAGAAGGUGGCGCAGGCGUCCACCGAGAGCAUGUGCUGCGCUCUCUGCUCGCUGCUCCAAAACUCUUCAACAGAGCCAGUAUUUUGUCCAUGCUUUACAGUCGCCUCUUUCCUCAUUGGUCGAUGCCCAAUAUUAUGAUCCAAGCAGAACUGCCUGACAAACUUUACAUCGAAUACAUACUCAUAUUCUACUACUGGCAACGUCUGGAAUCGGAUGAGUCGGUCAAGGAGCGAAUCGUGGAGUUUGCCGAAAAGUUCAUGAGACCCUCUAGAUCUCUGGCCUUAAAAAGUGUCUAUGCCCACUACUUGCCUAAGUUUACAGAUCCGAUUACGGCCACGCGUACCAUAUUGAACCAUCUGCGGAUAAGCAGCUGCACCAGUUUGCAUGUGGUUAGCAAAGUGGACAAUCGACCGCAACAGUCAAACGAAGUGGUACUAAGCUCCGAUGAUGAAGACAGUUGCCCGAUGUGGGACAUAUCGGGUACGCCGCCAUCCGUGCUGAACAAUCAUCCGCCCGUUUUUCUCCAGAAUCUCUGCCAAAAUGCGCGCCAGUUGGAGCCGUGCAAGCGGGCCAAUGCUCUCUUCAGCGGCAUCGACAACUCCAUUGAAAUCGUUGAGCUACGCGACUCGGACGACGACGUGGAAAUGUUCUCCGUGAACUUUAAUGUGCCUGCCAAUGUGGAUGGUAUUAUCUCAAACUCCAACUCCAACGAUUCGGCGAAUCAAACAACGACAACGAUCCUCGGCGAGGACGAUUCCGUGCCCGUCACCCGCAUCUAUCCCAGCAACCUGCGCACCUACGAAAGGGCCUUGCCGCCACCCGCCACCUACACAGUGCCGCGCAUUGUGAACAGCUACAGCUGUCGCCGGGAUAGCCUUCAUUUGGUGUCGACCACAGCGCCGCAUUUGGUCGAUCAGUGUGUUCAAACGUUUGAGGACGAGGAGCAGGAUCUAAUUGAAGGGGAUCAAUAUCCCAGUGCCCACAGUCAGGGCUUCUUCCCGCGAAGCAGCAGUGCCAGCGUCGCCAGCGGACAACUCACUCCGAUAAUCCACUGCCGGCAAACUUCUAGUCAGAACAGCAACUGCAGUGAUUCGUCACUGCUUAAGAAACAGGUUACCUUCUGUCCACGGCAUCUGGGAGCCACUGCCUCGAACUUCAAGGCCAGUCUAUCCAAGAAGCCAGCCAUCAAGCAGUACAUAACAAAGUCCCCGGCAAACGGUUUAGGAUCUCAACUCUGGAAAGCAGAGCAUCAGAAGGCCAGUGCGAAAAUGUUUGCCAAGCUGGACGCCAAGAUCAAGGCCAGAAAUGAAGCCAUAAAUGUCGCUGCUAGCCAACUAACACCCACAACAAGCAAUGCCUCCAGUGGUACACCCACCAAGAUCUCGGCCACGCCCAACCGCAAUCGGGCAACGCCGCGCGGGCAAAGAGUGGGCUUGCCCACGCCGCCAGCUUCAACGCACAGCUCAAGCAGUCCCUGCCAGAAUCAAAGUGCAACCACCGACAAUCACAGCGAUUGGGGCUUCAGUCGUCGCUUUUUCGCCAAGGCUGCUGGCGAUGAAGUGAGCUACUACAACCAGCUGCUAACCCAGCAGCGUGAGAAUAUCCGCCGUCGCAGGUUAAACAACAAAAAGAAAAAGACUGUAAAAGCAAAGAAACCGGUGCAGAAGGAGCUGGAUCACCAGAAUCUGAUCAAGCAGGCCACGAAGCGACGCCGUGAGCUACGCUACCUUAACGCCCAGAAAAGAAACGAGAUCGAGAAUUUGGAACAGAAUCUGUCCACCAUUCGGAAAUCUGCGCCGCGAAAUUUGCCAAUAAUAAGACUGAAACGGUUUAAUCUCAAGAAAACGGAUGAAACGCCCAAGAGCAAGAGCAAAGAGAAUAUCGAAAGGGCGGAUAUCAAACAGAAGUUACAGGAAAAACCUACCCCAGAGAAAAAGAAAAAGAAAACGAGAAAGAAGAAGCCUCGAAAAGAGCGACAAAAGCAGCCUGAGAACAUUGUUCAAAUGGAGGAAGUGAAGACUUUAGUUUCUUCGCGAAUUGUAAACGAUGAAACAGAGCCAGUUAAAGAAAGCCAUAGGCUUCAAGAGCAAAGUAAGCACGAGCAAGAGCACGAUAUAGAGCAUCAACAAUUUCUGGAAGAGCAGCUUCUCCAGGAACAAUAUCAACUGGAGAUGGACCAGCAAAAGCAGGGGGAAGUGCAGCAGGUAGAGGAGGAGGCGCAACUACUGGAGGAUGAACCGAAGGCAAAUGUUGAAGAUGAAAGCCAGUCAAAGGAUCAGCCACCUGAGGUAGAGAAUCCACAAGAAGUUGAGAGUCAAAUGCUGGCUGAGAGAGAAACAAAUCAUCCAGAGGAUACGCUAUCGGAAGAGGAAGAACCACCUCAUGACGAUGACCGUGAGCUGGAGGAGGAGCAACUCCAAAAGAAUGAAGAGAGACGGCAAUCAGAAAUUCACCCGCAGAUUGAAAAUGAAAUCGAGCCAGCACUAUCACGCCAAAAACCUAAGCGAAGGCGGCGUGUUAAGCGCACCCCUUGGACGCACACAAAGAACAAGCUGAAGAAGCAGAGACUUCUGGCUGACUCCAUGGAAUUCGAAGCAGAUUCUGGACUGGAAACCGCAUCUAUACAACCCGAGCCAGCUCCAGAUGAAGAUCCAGCAGCAAGUGAAGAGUCAUCUUCAGUUAUUGAGCCUGCUCCAGUUGAAGAACAAACUUCAGUUGAUGAACCAACUGCAGUUGAGGAAUCAACUGCAAUUGAGGAAUCAACUCCAGUUGGAAAACCAACCAAGCCAGUUUCAGCUGCCGAUCCAGAACCUGCCUUCGAGUUCGACCAGGACAUGGUGCCCGAGGUGGGCAAUGAACUGGAGAUAGCUGCCCCCAUACGUUCGCCGGAGAACGAGGACAGCAAUUCGAUGCUCUCGCCAUCCCACAACCUCGAACUGGUGACCAGUCAUGUGCCGGUGUACUUGCUCAACGGCGAGAGCCGCGAUGUCAGCACGCCGCUGUCCACCAGCUCGUUCAGUGGCAGCGGAUCGGAGCCAUAUGCCACAUCGAAGGAUUAGAUUAGAGUAGAAAGCCCACCACCAAAACCCAGUUGGAGUUCCAGUUGCCGAUCCCAUCACAACGAUCUUGGCGUGUAAUAGUAUUUAUAAUUUUUCUUUUUUUUUGAAGAGGAGACGCCUGUAAAACUGUUGAUGCACUUGAAAUACUUAGGUUUAUUGUAGUUAAUUAGAAAUUGUUGAAAGUUACUAUUUUAAUUUUAACAUCAUUAUUUGCAAUACACAAUUCCCUCUAAAGUCAACGCGUACCAAAUCCCCGGCAUUAUUUAUGUCAAUUUAAAAAAUAAAAUGAAAUUACUAGUGUAUAUUGUGCGUAAA